GUCCGAGUGGCAUGGUGGCGUUUGGAACCGGAAGAGGAAAACGCACAGACCGAGGACGCCAAGGCUGGAUCGCCAUGUGUUGCACUAGCCGCCGCUCUCUGCGGACGGUACGGACCAACCAAACAGCCCGGCAGAACGGCCUAGAUGAAUUGGACCUGGUCAAUCUGCCCAGUCGAAUCUUGAGCAAUGACGCAAAUCUCGAGGAAUAUACGGAAGAAACAGCCGCAGGAGAAAUCCUCAAGAGUAUCAAAUCCCAGAAGACCGGAAAAGAUGAGGAUUACGAACUUGUCACCUUUACCAUUGGCGAUCCGGAGAACCCCAAGAACUGGUCCAAGGGCUACAAGUGGUGGUGCACGAUGGUUGUCGCCUUUACCUGUUUCGUGGUCGCUAUGAACAGCGCCAUCGUCACGGCCGACACUGAGGGCGUUGCAAGGACUUUCCACGUUUCUGACGAAGUUGCUCUGUUGACAAUUACUCUCUUCGUUAUCGGAUUUGGUGUCGGUCCCAUGGCUUUUGCACCACUGAGCGAGAUUCUUGGCCGGCAAGUAAUCUACGCCACCACGCUCUUCAUCGCAGUUCUCUUCAUUAUUCCUGGCGCUGUGGCGAAGAAUAUUGGUACCCUUCUCGUUGCUCGUGCAAUCGACGGUAUUGCUUUUAGCGCGCCAAUGACUCUUGUGGGCGGAACUCUCGCAGAUCUCUGGAAAACGGAAGAACGCGGCGUUCCCAUGGCCGCCUUCAGUGCCGCUCCUUUUAUUGGUCCUGCUGUUGGCCCCCUUGUUGGUGGUUUCCUAUCCGAUGCGGCCGGCUGGAGAUGGCUUUACUGGCUUCAGUUGAUUCUCUCCGCCGUUGCGUUUGUUCUCAUUACUUUUACCGUGCCCGAAACCUAUGCACCGACUUUGCUUGCCCGACGAGCGAAGAAGCUUCGGAAACAAACGGGCAACAGUCGCUACGUUACUGAGCAAGAUCUGGACCUGCGGCCUAUGGCCGAGCGGCUCCGCUUGUUCUUGCUUCGACCCUUCCAGCUCCUCUUCACGGAGCUGAUUGUGUUCUUCAUCUCGCUCUACAUGUCUGUCCUGUAUGGGCUACUCUACAUGUUCUUCGUUGCUUUUCCCGUUGUAUAUCAAGAAGGCAAAGGCUACUCUGCUGGCAUCACUGGUCUCAUGUUCAUUCCGAUUGCUGUCGGCGUGGUCAUGGCUGCCAUGUGCGCGCCUUUUGUAAACAAGCAUUACCUCAAGGUCGCAGCCAAAUACGACGGCAAGCCUCCUGCCGAGGUGCGGUUAAUUCCAAUGAUGAUCUCGUGUUGGUUCAUCCCAAUUGGUCUCUUCAUCUUUGCCUGGACUUCAUAUCCGCGCCUCGUCUGGGUUGGUCCUUGCUUGGGCGGAUGGCCUGUGGGUUUUGGAUUCAUUUUCCUCUACAAUGCUGCCAACAACUAUCUUGUCGACUCAUAUCAGCACCAAGCUGCUUCUGCUCUUGCUGCGAAAACGUGCAUUCGGUCUUUCUGGGGUGCCAGCGUCGUGCUUUUCACUAUUCAGAUGUAUCACCGUCUCGGAUACGAGUGGGCUGGUACCCUUCUCGCAUUCAUCGCCCUCGGCUGCUGCUUGAUUCCCUAUGUCUUUUACUUCAAGGGCGCGGCCAUUCGCCGAUACUCCAAAUACGCUUAUAGUGGAGAUGACGAGGAAAAUCUUGGUCCUGGAAACGGCACGGAGAAGGAGCUUCCGGCGCAUUGAGUUGGGCAUUCACCUUGACCUUUUCCCUUUAUUUCAAACCUUCUAGAUUUUCCUUUUUCUUUUCUUUUUUUAUAACUCGGCUGGCAUAGAACUGGAGUUGGAGCGUGAAUCGGAUCAAUUUUUUUUCCCCCUCUGCUCAUCUUCCCUGCAUCCCAUUUUUUUUCUCCAGUCUUGGACGGUAAAGCUGGAGUUUCGAGAGAUGGACCUGUACAUACCUUGGCAAGGUUGAUCUCCUUGGUCUUACUGGAGGUCUUAUUGUUUGGAUGGUGCAUAUAUUGUUUGGAUAUUGCAUACAUACCUUAGUUACUUGUAGAUGGAUAAUACCCUAAUAGACUUGCAUAUAUACGCAUAUAAUAUAUGUAUAACACUCUAGU